AUGGGGAGCAUAGCCCAUGACAAUCUGGGGGCUCUGAAAGAAAAGGAGUGUAUAGACAUCAUCGUGACCACUAGGUGUUUGCUGUAUGUUUGCCUUGUACUGCUCUUCUGCACUGAAAUCUCACCUCGGCUCUGUACCAUGCUUCACUUCUAGCAGAACAAAAUGAACAAAGAGAGCUUGGAGCUUCUGCAGAAAAUGAGCAGAAAUUUCCUCUCACAAUGCAUAAAUGAAAGGGCAGCUUUCAAGCCCACCCAGGAUGUUGUCCAACUUUCAGUGUCCCAGAAGGAGAAUGCCAAUGUGGCAAUCCAAGAGAUCCUUCAAGAGAUCUUCAACAUCUUUAGCAAAAACCUCACCCAAAGUGCCUGGGAUGGGACUUCCAUAGUCAGGUUCCAAAGUGGAUUUUACCAGCAAAUUCAGCGGCUGGAGGCAUGUGUGACAGCAUAGAUGGAGGAGGAUUUAACCAACCCAGAAAGUGAGGACCUCCAGAUCACCAGUCGGAGAGUGAAAAAAUACUUUCAGGGAAUAGAUGCUUUCUUGAAAAAAAAGCAAUACAGCCUGUGUGCCUGGGAGAUCAUUUGCAUGGAAAUACCCAGAUGUUUGUACUGAUUGACAAACUCACUAGCAGACUUAGUAACUAAGAUACAAUACAAAUCUUUUCCUUGGAGUAAAUGAAUUAAUAUUAGUGUCAAUUAUACAACUGAACAGAGAU